GAGUUUUGUAACUGUGACUGUUUUGGCAUAAAUUUAACAACAAAUAAAAAAAAGAAAAGAAAAUGAGAACAAAUCCAGUUAUAAUCGCAGCGUGGAAUUGAGGAUGUGUGAAUGUGUUAUUAUGUUAAAUUAAAUAACUGAUCAUUAUGCAAAAGAAAAAAUCUGAAAGAAAUGGCAAUAUUAAAAAUGUUUUGCCCUCCGUGUGGGUUCGGACUUUUACCCCUUGCUCUAAAUGGCCUGAUAAAGAAGAAUUCUUAGAUGUAAUUUAUUGGACUCGACAAAUCAUAGGUGUAUUGUUAGGUCUUGUAUGGGGAUUAAUUCCUUUAAAAGGUUUUAUAGGAUUAGCUCUGUUCUGUUUAUUAAAUGUUGUAAUUCUUCAUACAUAUACAUCAUCCUUUCAAAAAGUAGAUGACGAAGAAUAUGGAGGGACGUGGGAACUAAUCAAAGAAGGCUUCAUGACUUCAUUUGCAAGUUUUUUGGUAACAUGGAUAAUGAUAUACUCAGCCACUCAUUUUGAUUGAAAAAAAAAGCAUGUGUAUUAUUAUGCUGCCAAAUAUUUCCUCUCCAAAUAUCCAGACUCAGUAUUUUUAUAAUAAAUAAAUUGGGUGUCUUUUCUUCAUUAUUUCAAAGUAUGAAUUAUUCAAAACAAAAAUAAGUGACCUGAUGUGUUUUUCUGUCAUUUGUAAAAAUAUAAAAGCAAUAACUACAUAUAUGAUUGUGAAAAUAAUUUUUCAUUUUAUAUUAAAAAAGAAUUUUUAUGUACACUUAGAGAGAAACUCUCUAGUUGUAAAUAACACAUUCCGAAAAUUUAUUUAUCUUUGAAAUUUUAUUGUAUAUUAAAAUAUCUACAUACACAGCUUACUGAAUUCCUUUAUUAUGGGAUGUAAUGAUCUAUGCAAUAAAAUAAUUUGUCAAGA